AUGCUUGGGCCUCAGCUGCUGUUGCUCCUGUCCUAUGGGGGCACCCUGCUCGUCGCUGGUCUAAAUGAAACCUCCUUUGUGCACCCAGACCUCCAGAGGCUGCAGAACUCUUCACAGACAGCUCCAGACAGGGGCUGGUGCUCCACAUGGGGGGCCGGCCACUUCUCCACAUUCGAUGGCCAUGUGUAUGACUUUCUGGGGACCUGCAACUACAUCUUUGCGGCCACCUGCAAGGACACGUCACCCACCUUCAGUGUCCAGCUACGGCGCGGGCCCGGUGGGGGCAUCUCCCGGGUCAUUGUGGAGCUGGGGGUCUCUGUGGUCACUGUGCAGAAGGCAGUCAUCUCUGUGAAGGAUGUAGGGGUCGUCGGCCUGCCCUAUACCAGCAAUGGGCUCCAGAUCACACCCUUUGGCCAGAACGUGCAGCUGGUGGCAAAGCAGCUGGAGCUGGAGCUGGUGGUCAUGUGGGGCCCGGGGACUCACCUCAUGGUGCUGGUGGAGAAGCGGCACAUGGGCAAGCUGUGUGGUCUCUGUGGGGACUUCAAUGGAGAGCAGACCAAUGAGUUUCUGAGCGAGGAAGGCAAAUUCUUGGAGCCGCACACAUAUGCUGCCCUCCAGACGCUGGAUGACCCCGAUGAGAUCUGUACCUACAAGGCCGUCCCCAACCCCCAGGUCCCACAGGCAGAGCACGCCCAGACUUGCACCCAGCUACUGACACUGGUGGCCCCGGAGUGCAACGUGCCCAAAGAGCCAUUCAUGUGGAGCUGCCAGGUGGACAUGGCCGAGUGUGUCCUGCGAGGCCAGCACAACUGCAGCUGUGCCACGCUGUCGGAGUACUCACGCCAGUGCAGCAUGGCUGGCCAGGCCGUCAGCAACUGGCGGGGCCCCGGCCUCUGCCCCGUGGGUACAUGCCCGGCCAACCAGGUGUACCAAGAAUGUGGUGAGACCUGCGUCAAGACCUGCUCCAAUCCACAGCACACCUGUUCCAGCUUCUGCACCUUUGGCUGCUUCUGUCCCAAAGGGACGGUGCUUGAUGACAUCUCCAGAAACCACACCUGCGUGCCAGUCACCCAGUGCCCCUGCAUGCUCAACGGCGUGGUCUACGCCCCUGGGGAGGUCGUGACAGCCGCCUGCCAGACCUGCCAGUGCACCACGGGCCACUGGAAGUGCACAGAGCAGCCCUGCCCCCAACGCUGCUCCCUGGAAGGCGGCUCCUUUGUCACCACAUUUGAUGCCAGGCCCUACCGCUUCCAUGGCACCUGCACCUACAUCCUCCUCCAGAGCCCGCAGCUCCCAGAUGGGGCCUCCCUCGUGGCCUCGUACGACAAGUCUGGGUACUCUCACUCGGAGACCGCCCUAGCUGCCAUCAUUUACAUGUCCCGAGAGGACAAGAUCGUGAUUUCUCAGGAUGAGGUAUUCACCCACAACGGGAACACCAAGUGGCUACCAUACAAGACCCGCAACAUCACCGUCUUCAGGCAGACGUCCACCCACAUCCAGAUGACCACCACCUUUGGGCUGGAGCUCGUGAUCCAGCUGGAGCCCGUGUUCCAGGCAUACAUUACCAUCGGGCCGCAGUUCAGAGGCCAGACCAGAGGGCUCUGCGGGACCUUCAACGGAGACACGACAGAUGACUUCAUGGCCAGCACGGGCAUCGUGGAGGGCACCGCCUCGCUCUUUGUGGACUCCUGGCGGACAGGCAACUGCCCGGCCUCGCUCGAGCGUGAGACUGAUCCCUGCUCCAUGAGCCAGCUCAACAAGGUGUGUGCAGAGACCCACUGCUCAGUGCUGGUAAGGAACGGCUCAGUGUUCGAGAAGUGCCACGCCAUGGUGAACCCCAGGCCCUUCUACAAGAGGUGCGUGUACCAGGCCUGCAACUAUGAGAAGACCAUCCUACACGUGUGCGCUGCUCUGAGUGACUAUGCGCGUGUGUGUGCCACACGCGGCAUCCUGCUACGGGACUGGAGGAACAGUGUGGACAACUGCACUACCCCCUGCACGGGCAACCAGACAUUCGGCUAUGACACCCGGGCCUGCGGCCGCACGUGCCUAUCCCUGUCUGAUCACGCUGCCGAGUGCCACCCAAGUGCCGUGCCUGUGGACGGCUGCAACUGCCCUGAGGGCACCUACCUCAACCACAAGGCUCAGUGUGUACGAAAGUCCCAGUGCCCCUGCCUCCUAGACAGCAAUAAGUUCAUCCUGGCUGACCAGUCAGCCAUGGUCAACGGUGUCAUCUGCUACUGUAUCAACGGCAGGCUGAGCUGCCCGGGGCGCCCACAGAUGCUCCUGGCAACCUGCUCAGCCCCCAAGACCUUCCAGUCCUGCAAUGAGUCUUCAGAGAACACAUUUGGGGCAGCCUGUGCCCCUACAUGUCAGAUGCUGGCCACCGGCACCCCCUGUGUACCCACCAGGUGCGAGCCCGGCUGUGUCUGUGCUGAGGGGCUCUACGAGAACGCCAACGGGCAGUGCGUACCCCCUGAGGAGUGCCCAUGCGAGUUUGCAGGGGCCUCCUACCCCCCGGGCGCAGAGCUCCACACUGACUGUAGGACAUGCACCUGCUCCAGGGGGAAAUGGACGUGCUGGCAGAGUGCCCGCUGCUCAUCCACCUGCGCUCUGUAUGGGGAGGGCCACGUGGUCACCUUUGAUGGGCAGCGCUUCAUGUUUGAUGGCAGCUGCGGGUAUAUCCUGACCACGGACGGCUGCGGGGCCAACAACUCACGGCCCACCUUCACAGUCCUCACAGAGAAUGUUGUGUGUGGGAAGUCAGGUGUCACCUGCUCCCGCUCCAUCAAGAUCUCUCUGGGGGGCCUGUCCAUCGUGCUGGCGGACAGGAACUACACGGUCAGCGGGGAGGACCCCCAUGUGCACUUCCGGGUGAACGCCGGCUCCCUGAAUCUGGUGCUGGACAUCACCAUCAGCAAUAGGUACAAUCUGACCCUCGUCUGGAACAAGCACAUGACCAUCUUCAUCAAGAUCACGCGUGCCACCCAGGAUGCGCUGUGCGGCUUAUGUGGCAACUACAACGGAAACAUGAAGGAUGACUUCGAGACACGCAGCAACUAUGUGGCAUCCAGUGAGCUGGAAUUUGUGAACUCGUGGAAGGACAGCCCACUGUGUGGGGACACCAGCCUCGCACUGGACCCCUGCAGCCUCAACACAUUCCGCCGCGCCUGGGCAGAGCGCAAAUGUGGCAUCAUCAACAGCCCCACCUUCGCCGCCUGCCACAGCCAGGUGUACCACCUGCCCUACUACGAGGCUUGUGUACAAGAUGCAUGUGGCUGCGACACCACUGGGGACUGCGAGUGCCUAUGUGAUGCGGUGGCGGCCUAUGCCAAGGCCUGCCUGGACAAGGGCGUGUGCGUGGACUGGAGGACCCCGGACUUCUGCCCCAUCUACUGUGACUACUACAACACCCACACGCAUGAGGAUGGGGCGUACCAGUACAACCAGGAUGCCAACUGCACAUGGCACUACCAGCCGUGCCUCUGCCCUCAGCACCCACAGAGUCUCCCACACACCAACACCGAAGGCUGCUACAACUGCUCCCAGCACGAGUACUUCGACCAGAACACAGGGACCUGCGUUCCCUGCAUGUCGCCGCCCACCACGCCGAGACCCACCACAGAGUCACCUCGAUCCAUCUCUGCCAUCACCCCACGGGCUACAUCAGCACCAACCCCAAUGACCACACUCAAGUCUACAGCGACAGGACCCACCGAGACACAGACCACAAUGAAGUUCACAGCUUCAAUGUUCAGCUCAGCAAUGCAAUCCACAGCUCGGUCCACGGAGCACACCACGGCAGCACCAAGGACCAAAGAAAUCUCAGAGACCUCCAGAGGACCCCCAACAACAUCCCCGAAACACACUUCGAUACGAAACACACCUAUGAUCACGGAAACAAAGAGCAUGGAGACCAUUCGAUCCCAGGAGACUACAGUAACCGAAAACAGCCAGCUAACGACUCACUACCUACCGCACACACACGAGACAACAACAGAGACAAGCCGUAUCACAAACACACCUCUCACUUUACACACCACCCAUACCUUUCACCCUACGCCCUCGCCUGCUGUCCCCACAAACACACUCCACACCACAGGUUCCCCUACCGGGACAUCCUUCCGGACCACCACAGGCUUCCCCAGCCCAUCCCACGCCGAGACCACCCUCUCUACUCACAUGUCUGCCUCCAGCACAUCCUCGGACAUUGACCACGACCUCCUGGACUCGCUCAGCAGCAACCAGCAAGCCGCACACUCCCCACACCUCUCACGCUGCAUCCUCACCUGCUGUCCCCACCAGCACAGUCCACAGCACAGGUACCCCUACCGGAACAUCCUUCCGGACCACCACAGCCUUCCCCAGCCCAUCAAGCCCCGAGACCACCGUCUCCACUCACAUGACAGUGACCACGACCUCCUGGACUCGCUCAGCAGCGACCAGCAAGCCGCACACUCCCCACACCUCUCACACUGCAUCCUCGCCUGCUGCUCCCACCAAAACAGUCCACUCCACAGGUCCCCCUACCGGACAUCCUUCCGGACCACCACAGCCUUCCCCAGCCCAUCAAGCCCCGAGACCACCAUCUCCUCCCAUGCGUCCGCCUCCACCACGUCCUCGGACAGUGACCACGACCUCCUGGACUCGCUCAGCAGCGACCAGCAAGCCGCACACUCCCCACACCUCUCACGCUGCAUCCUCGCCUGCUGCUUCUCCAGCCCAUCAAGCCCCGAGACCACCAUCUCCUCCCAUGCGUCCGCCUCCACCACGUCCUCAGUGACCAGCACCUCCCAUCUGGUCACCAGACCAACACACCAACCGACCCCCUCUCCCCACUCCACUACCAGACACACUGGAACCCCAUCCCCGUCUCCACACAGCCCCAGCACUGGCACACAGCCCACGCACACAAAAUCCCCACUGACGCGGACCACGGCCACCCCUACCUCGGUCAGCACAGUCAAAACUUCCACCUCCCCACGGUCACAUCCAACCUCACCGAUCCACCAGGAGGCAUCUUCCCCCCAUCCCACCACCAUCUCCAACCACCCUCCUAGGACAGUGACCACGACCUCCUGGACUCGCUCAGCAGCGACCAGCAAGCAGCACACUCCCCACACCUCUCACGCUGCAUCCUCGCCUGCUGCUCCCACCAAAACAGUCCACUCCACAGGUCCCCCUACCGGGACAUCCUUCCGGACCACCACAGCCUUCCCCAGCCCAUCAAGCUCCGAGACCACCAUCUCCUCCCAUGCGUCCGCCUCCACCACGUCCUCGGUGACCAGCACCUCCCACCUGGUCAUCAGCCCAACACACCAACCGACCCCCUCUCCCCACUCCACUGCCAGACUCACUGGAACCCCAUCCCCGUCUCCACACAGCCCCGGCACAGGCACACAGCCCACGCAAACAAAACCCCCACUGACGCGGACCACGGCCACCCCUACCUUGGUCAGCACAGUCAAAACUUCCACCUCCCCACGGUCACAUCCAACAUCACCGAUCCACCAGGAGGCAUCUUCUGCCCAUCCCACCACCAUCUCCAACCACCCUCCUAGGACAGUGACCAGCAAGCCGCACACUCCCCACACCUCUCACACUGCAUCCUCACCUGCUGUCCCCACCAGCACAGUCCACACCUCAGGUCCCCCUACCGGGACAUCCUUCCGGACUACCACCGCCUUUCCCAGCCCUUCCCGCCCCGAGACCACCGUCUCCACUCACAUGUCUGCCUCCAGCACAUCCUCGGUGACCCCCACCUCCCAUCUCAUCAUCACUCCAACACAACACCCGACACCCUCUCCCCACUCCACUGCCAGACACACUGGAACCCCAUCCUCAUCUCCCCACAGCCCCGAUACAGGCACACAGCCCACGCACACCACACCCCAACUGACCCGGACCACCGCCACCCCUACCUCGGUCAGCACAACCAGAACCUCCACGUCCCGACAGUCGUAUCCAUCAGCACCCAUCCACCAGGAGGCCUCUUCAACCCACUCCAGCACUACCUCCAACCAGACUCCAAGGACGGGAUUCGCAACCUCCCCGACUCACUCAGCAACGGCGAGCAAGUCACACACGCCCCACACGCUCCUAACGUCUCACUCAGCGCCCACACCUUCUGUCCCUACCAAAACCUCGCACACCACAGGUCCGCCUUCAGGGACAUCCUUCCGGACUACCACAGCCUUCCCCAGCCCAUCAAGCCCCGAGACCACCAUCUCCUCCCAUGCGUCGGCCUCCACCACGUCCUCGGUGACCAGCACCUCCCAUCUGGUCAUCAGCCCAACACACCAACCGACCCCCUCUCCUCACUCCACUACCAGACACACUGGAACCCCAUCCCCGUCUCCACACAGCCCCAGUACAGGCACACAGCCCACGCACACAAAACCCCCACUGACGCGGACCACGGCCACCCCUACCUCGGUCAGCACAGUCAAAACUUCCACCUCCCCACGGUCACAUCCAACCUCACCGAUCCACCAGGAGGCAUCUUCCCCCCAUCCCACCACCAUCUCCAACCACCCUCCUAGGACAGUGACCACGACCUCUUGGACUCGCUCAGCAGCGACCAGCAAGCCGCACACUCCCCACACCUCUCACGCUGCAUCCUCGCCUGCUGUCCCCACCAGCACAGUCCACUCCACAGGUCCCCCUACCGGGACAUCCUUCCGGACCACCACAGCCUUCUCCAGCCCAUCAAGCCCCGAGACCACCAUCUCCUCCCAUGCGUCCGCCUCCACCACGUCCUCGGUGACCAGCACCUCCCAUCUGAUCAUCAGUCCAACACACCAACCGACCCCCUCUCCCCACUCCACUGCCAGACACACUGGAACCCCAUCCCAGUCUCCACACAGCCCCGGCACAGGCACACAGCCCACGCACACAAAACCCCCACUGACGCGGACCACGGCCACCCCUACCUCGGUCAGCACAGUCAAAACUUCCACCUCCCCACGGUCACAUCCAACAUCACCGAUCCACCAGGAGGCAUCUUCCGCCCAUCCCACAACCAUCUCCAACCACCCUCCUAGGACAGUGACCGUGACCUCCUGGACUCACUCAGCAGCGACCAGCAAGCCGCACACUCCCCACACCUCUCACGCUGCAUCCUCGCCUGAUGUUCCCACCAAAACAGUCCACUCCACAGGUCCCCCCAAAGGGACAUCCUUCCGGACCACCACAGCCUUCCCCAGCCCAUCAAGCCCCGAGACCACCAUCUCCUCCCAUGCGUCCGCCUCCACCACGUCCUCGGUGACCAGCACCUCCCAUCUGGUCACCAGACCAACACACCAACCGACCCCCUCUCCUCACUCCACUACCAGACACACUGGAACCCCAUCCCCGUCUCCACACAGCCCCAGCACUGGCACACAGCCCACGCACACAAAAUCCCCACUGACGCGGACCACGGCCACCCCUACCUCGGUCAGCACAGUCAAAACUUCCACCUCCCCACGGUCACAUCCAACCUCACCGAUCCACCAGGAGGCAUCUUCCCCCCAUCCCACCACCAUCUCCAACCACCCUCCUAGGACAGUGACCACGACCUCCUGGACUCGCUCAGCAGCGACCAGCAAGCCGCACACUCCCCACACCUCUCACGCUGCAUCCUCGCCUGCUGUUCCCACCAGCACAGUCCACUCCACAGGUCCCCCUACCGGGACAUCCUUCCAGACCACCACAGCCUUCUCCAGCCCAUCAAGCUCCGAGACCACCAUCUCCUCCCAUGCGUCCGCCUCCACCACGUACUCGGUGACCAGCACCUCCCACCUGGUCAUCAGCCCAACAUACGAACCGACCCCCUCUCCCCACUCCACUGCCAGACACACUGGAACCCCAUCCCCGUCUCCACAGAGCCCCGGCACAGGCACACAGCCCACGCACACAAAACCCCCACUGACGCGGACCACGGCCACCCCUACCUUGGUCAGCACAGUCAAAACUUCCACCUCCCCACGGUCACAUCCAACAUCACCGAUCCACCAGGAGGCAUCUUCUGCCCAUCCCACCACCAUCUCCAACCACCCUCCUAGGACAGUGACCAGCAAGCCGCACACUCCCCACACCUCUCACGCUGCAUCCUCACCUGCUGUCCCCACCAGCACAGUCCACACCUCAGGUCCCCCUACCGGGACAUCCUUCCGGACUACCACCGCCUUUCCCAGCCCUUCCCGCCCCGAGACCACCGUCUCCACUCACAUGUCUGCCUCCAGCACAUCCUCGACACACUGGAACCCCAUCCUCAUCUCCCCACAGCCCCGAUACAGGCACACAGCCCACGCACACCACACCCCAACUGACCCGGACCACCGCCACCCCUACCUCGGUCAGCACAACCAGAACCUCCACGUCCCGACAGUCGUAUCCAUCAGCACCCAUCCACCAGGAGGCCUCUUCAACCCACUCCAGCACUACCUCCAACCAGACUCCAAGGACGGGAUUCGCAACCUCCCCGACUCACUCAGCAACGGCGAGCAAGUCACACACGCCCCACACGCUCCUAACGUCUCACUCAGCGCCCACACCUUCUGUCCCUACCAAAACCUCGCACACCACAGGUCCGCCUUCAGGGACAUCCUUCCGGACUACCACAGCCUUCCCCAGCCCAUCAAGCCCCGAGACCACCAUCUCCUCCCAUGCGUCGGCCUCCACCACGUCCUCGGUGACCAGCACCUCCCAUCUGGUCAUCAGCCCAACACACCAACCGACCCCCUCUCCUCACUCCACUACCAGACACACUGGAACCCCAUCCCCGUCUCCACACAGCCCCAGUACAGGCACACAGCCCACGCACACAAAACCCCCACUGACGCGGACCACGGCCACCCCUACCUCGGUCAGCACAGUCAAAACUUCCACCUCCCCACGGUCACAUCCAACCUCACCGAUCCACCAGGAGGCAUCUUCCCCCCAUCCCACCACCAUCUCCAACCACCCUCCUAG